AUGCCGAUAGACAGCAGCAUCCUGAAGAAAGAACUUGAUGCAUCUCAGGCAAGGAUCAUACUCUUGGAGAAAGAAAACUUGGAGCUGAGACAUGAAGUAUCCCGUUUGAGGGCUCAAGUGAAUGCACUAAAAGCGCAUGAUAUUGAGAGGAAAUCCAUGUUAUGGAAGAAAUUUCAGAGUUCCAUUGACAACAACAAGAUUGCAGACAGAUCUCCACAGAAACAGAGUUCUAAUAUGCAAACUUUAGAACCUAAUUCUGCAUCAGAGAAGAAGUUAGAGCAAAAGGAAGAUCUCGCGAAAUCAGCAUCCAGGAGAGAAAUUCCAGCAAAAGUAGCUAGACCAGUAACAAAUGGAGAUUGUACUUUGCAGGGCAAACUAGCAACUCCCCAGUCAUCAGCAGCACCACCACCACCGCCUUUACCAUCAAAACUACUUGCAAGAUCAAAAUCUCUGCGGCGGGCGCCGGAGGUGCUGGAAUUCUACCGUCAAUUAAUGAAGAAAGAUGCCCAGAAGAAUACCAGAACUAGCGCAGCAACACCCGGUCAGCCAAUCCUAAAUCCCAGAAACAUGAUUGGAGAAAUUGAAAAUCGCUCCAGUUACCUCUUAAACAUAAAAUCAGAUGUGGAGAAUCAAAGGGAACUUGUAAAUUUCUUAACAAAGCAAGUACAGGCUGCAGCUUUCGCAGACAUUUCUGAAGUGGAGACAUUCGUGAAAUGGUUAGAUGGGCAACUGUCCUGUUUGGUUGAUGAAAGGGCUGUGCUAAAACAUUUUCCACAGUGGCCAGAAAGGAAAGCAGAUGCAUUAAGGGAAGCUGCUUGCAGCUACAGGGAGAUCAAGAACUUGGAAUCAGAAGUCAUGUCUUACAAGGACAACCCUAAACAGCAAUUGGCUGAGUCCCUGAGAAAAAUGCAAGCAUUGCAAGACAGGCAAGCAAGUAUUGAAGUCGUAUUGGAGAAGAACAUUAGCAACAUUGAAAGAGUUAGGGAAGGUUCAAGCAAGAAAUACAGGGAACUUCAUAUUCCUUGGUCAUGGCUGCUGGAAACAGGAAUGAUUGGACAGCUCAAAUUCGCAUCAGUUAAGCUGGCGAAACAUUAUAUGCAGAGAAUAACCAAGGAAAUGGAAUCCAGUGACCCCUCACAAGGUGAGGAUCUUCUUAUUCAAGGUGUACGUUUUGCGCAUCGGGUUCAUCAGAUAGUAACGUCAAUGGGCACGGGUUCAUCGAGAAAUCCUGACAGCAGUUCUCAUGGAAGCGGAGAUGACAGAGAAGACCAAGGAGGCGGGGGACAGCUCUACGUCUCCCUUAAAAUGGAAAACAAUCACUCUAUGAUCAAAAGCGAGCUCAUUCCUCAUGUUUACGGCUCCGUUCCUCUCGUUGGCUCUUGGGACCCUUCCCGAGCUCUUGCAAUGGAACGAGAAUCCACCUCAAUGUGGGAGUUAAGUUUCGUGGUGCCUCCUAAUCACGAGACGUUGGAUUUUAAGUUCUUGUUGAAGCCAAAGGACAACAUCGGUUCGGCUUGUAUUGUGGAGGAAGGUUCCCAUAGGAUGUUAACUGGGGGAGCAUUGCAAGGGGAUGGGAGGUCAGCUUUGUUUAGAUUGAGUUCCGAUGAGGUUCUCGAGUACAGAGUGUUUAUAAAGGCCGACCGAGUUUCGCCAUUUGAUCUUGCUGCUAGUUGGAGAGCCUUUCAGGAAAAUCUGCAGCCUUCUACUGUUCGUGGAAUACCUGACGUUAGUAUCAAUUCUGCAACAGAAUCAGGUGCCGAGAAUGGGUCCUCGGCAAGUUUGGAACUAGAUCUUGAACACUAUGUAGUCCCGGCUCCUACAGCAAAUUCUGGACAGGUUUAUGCCGCUAAUAUGACAGAGACUCCUAGAUCAAUGAGUUUUGCUGGUGUGUUCUCUAAAGCCUCUGGUGGAGCAUCACAUUCUGCAAAUGCUGGUGUUGAUCGGCCCACGACAAUCAAGGAGAUGGAGAUCAUUGUACCUGACCCAAGUAAACCACCUUUGAAUUCUGGCGCUGUUGAGUCAAAGUCAACGGGAACAUUUUCAUCAUUUCAAAAGCCAGAUGGUCAAAGAGGACUAUUUGUUGAUAGGGGUGUGGGAUCUCCGAGGCUAGUCAAAUCACCCAGUGCAUCUACCUUUACUACUGAUCUUAAACUUGAUUCAGAAAGAAAGAAUCCAAUGCCAGCAGCUGCAGGAGCUGUUGCUGCCGCAGCUGUGGCAGAUCAGAUGCUUGGUCCAAAGGAGGAUAGACAUCUAGCUAUUGUCCUGGUUGGCUUGCCUGCUCGGGGAAAAACUUUUACAGCAGCUAAGCUCACCAGGUAUCUUCGUUGGUUGGGUCAUGACACCAAACACUUCAAUGUGGGGAAGUAUCGAAGACUGAAGCUGGGAACUAAUCAGUCUGCUGACUUCUUUCGAGGAGAUAAUAAUGAAGGCAUUGAGGCGCGAAAUGAGGUAGCAGCUUUAGCGAUGGAGGAUAUGAUAGCUUGGAUGCAAGAGGGUGGUCAAGUAGGGAUUUUUGAUGCCACAAACAGUACCAGGAAAAGAAGGAAUAUGCUAAUGAAACUGGCUGAAGGAAAAUGCAAGAUCAUUUUUCUGGAGACAAUAUGUAAUGAUCGGAAAAUAAUCGAAAGAAAUAUACGACUCAAAAUUCAACAGAGUCCAGACUAUGCAGAAGAACCAGAUUUUGAAGCUGGAUAUCAAGACUUCAAAAGUCGACUUGACAACUAUGAAAAAGUUUAUGAACCUGUGGAGGAGGGGUCUUACAUUAAAAUGAUUGAUAUGGUCAGUGGUCAUGGAGGACAGAUACAAGUGAACAAUAUCAGUGGCUAUCUCCCUGGGCGAAUUGUAUUUUUCUUGGUGAAUACUCACCUUACACCUCGUCCAAUCUUGCUGACUAGGCAUGGGGAAAGUCGAGACAAUGUCAGGGGCAGAAUUGGGGGUGAUUCUGUGAUAAGUGAUUCAGGAGAGAUAUAUGCAAAGAAACUGGCCAAUUUUGUGGAAAAGCGUCUGAAGAAUGAAAGGGCUGCUUCAAUAUGGACCAGCACGUUGCAGAGAACAAUUCUGACUGCUAAUCCAAUUGUUGGAUUCCCCAAGAUCCAAUGGCGUGCACUUGAUGAGAUAAAUGCUGGUGUAUGUGAUGGAAUGACUUAUGAAGAGAUUAAGAAAAACAUGCCUGAGGAAUAUCAGUCUCGGAAAAAGGACAAACUGAGGUACCGGUAUCCUCGUGGCGAGUCUUACCUGGAUGUCAUUCAAAGGCUAGAGCCAGUAAUUAUUGAGCUUGAACGACAACGAGCACCUGUUGUGGUGGUUUCUCACCAGGCGGUAUUGAGAGCUUUAUAUGCUUAUUUCGCUGAUAGGCCAUUGCACGAAAUUCCACACAUUGAGAUGCCACUUCACACAAUAAUAGAGAUACAGAUGGGAGUCACUGGUCAAGAAGAGGUUGAAAGAGUCGAGCAUUCAGGCCACACAACAAAGUUCAACCUUUUUAGCCUGAAAGGCGCACCAAAAGAUGGGAACAUAGCUACCACAGAUUCUGGGACUCUGGAGUGUAACGCAGUAUCUGAUCCAUCAACCAGAGCAUCCAAUAAUAGUAAUAACCCAUUCGACAAACUAAUUCAUAGCUUUCUUUCUCACGACAGUAACAUCAUGCUGGCAGCAAUCAUCUCUUUACUGGUGGUGAUCCUCUUUGUGUUACUCCUCCAUAUAUAUGCGAAAUGGUUCCUAUUUCGAGCCCGUCAAAGAAGCAGAACAAGGUCUGUUCUGGUUCCGCAACUAGUAAGAGCUAGCAGUAGAUUCCAUCACUUCCAUUCCUUCGCCAUCGACUCGACUUUCUCCAUUUCCCCUACUAAAGGUCUUGAACCAUCAGCCAUUUCUUCAAUACCCAUGUUUGUGUACAAUAGUAAGAGUAGUACUAAGGAUGAGGUGACUGAUUGUGCUAUAUGCUUGAGUGUGUUUGAAGAUGAAGAGAUUGUCAGGAAACUUCCUAAUUGCAGCCAUGCAUUUCAUGUGGAAUGUAUUGAUAUGUGGUUUGAUUCUCAUUCAACAUGUCCCAUUUGUCGAUCAUGCCCGGUACCGCCAAUGGGUCAGGACGACGGCCACAAGGCUGUGGAUCAAGAAAUAACAGCAACAACAGAGAGGGACUUCAAUGAUGGGGAAGCCUUAAGAAUGGAGAUCAUAAUUGAGGUUCCAAAUGCAGAGAAUGAAAAUGGGGGCGCAACAGAUGAUCAGACAGCUCCAGUGUCGUCGUCGUCGUCAUUGUCGACUGUGGGUGAAUCUGUAAAGAGAAUGAUGAGUAGGAACAGAUCUGAACGUAAGGUCCAUCCCUCUGAAGGUCUUGCAGAAUCACACGUCUGA